AUGGAGGAUGUCUGGAAAUGGGAUUAUUGGUGUCAGUUGCAGCCUAAAACGGGUAAAUGUACUGAAGAAGAACACUUCUAUUACGAUGCCCAGAUAGACGCAUGCCAGACAUUCAUAUACUCCGGAUGCGAUGGCAAUCAAAACAAUUUUGCCAAGUUAAUUGACUGCGAACGCCAUUGUAAAGAUUGUACCUACAGUUCGCAAGUUCAAAGUGUGAGAGAUCCAUGCUUCAUUGGCGAGUUCAGCUGUAGUGACACCACGGCAUCACAAUAA